AUGUCGUCUACUACUACUGGACUCGCCGUCCGAUCGUUCCAGGAGGACAGCAACUCUGAACCCGGAACUUACUCCACUUCCAAUGGUGUCGCUGUCCCUCAUGCCUAUGAAGCCCAGCGAGCCGGUCGCGAAGGCCCCCUUUUGCUUCAGGACUUUCACCUUAUCGACCUGAUCUCUCACUUCGAUCGAGAACGUAUCCCUGAGCGAGUCGUUCACGCUAAGGGUGGUGGAGCUCACGGUAUCUAUCGAACCACCCACCCAAUUCCGGACAUCUGUCUUGCGCCACUCUUUGGUGAAAAGACUGAAUGUCCUAUCACUGUUCGCUUCUCUACUGUUGGUGGCGAAUCGGGUUCUCCUGAUUGCGCUCGUGAUCCUCGUGGAUUUUCCAUCAAGAUGAGGACGGCACAAGGAAACAUGGACUGGGUGUUCAACAACACUCCUAUCUUCUUCCUUCGUGAUCCGGCCAAGUUCCCUCACUUUAUCCACACGCAGAAGCGAGACCCUCAAACGCACUUGACGCAUGCCGACGACUCGAUCCACUUCUGGGACUACAUGGGUGACAACCCCGAGUCCGUCCACCAGUUCCUCUACCUCAUGGGUCCUCGUGGUAUUCCUUUCUCUUGGAGACACAUGCAGGGCUACUCUGGGCACACGAUCAAGUUCAUCAACAAGGAGGGCAAGUGGAAAUACUGUCAGAUCCACCUUCUCUCCCAACAGGGCACCAAGAACCUCACCAACGACGAGGCAGCUCAGCAAUCGCCCGAUGCUCACCAGAAGGAUCUCUUCGAAGCCAUCGAAAAGGGAGACUUCCCCAAGUGGGACGUCAAGUAUCAGAUCAUGGACCCCGCAGAUGCUCCCAACUCCGGUGUCAACGUCAAUGACCUCACCAAGGUCUGGCCUCGUGACAAGUUCCCUCUCCACCCUCUCGGCGAGAUUGAACUCAACCGCAACGUCGCCAACUACUUUGCCGAGAUCGAACAAGUCGCAUUCAACCCAGCACAUUUGAUCCCUGGUCUCGAACCAAGCAACGACCCCGUUCUUCAAUCGCGCCUAUUCUCCUACCCUGACACACACCGUCAUCGUAUUGGCGUCAACUAUCAACAGUUGCCAGUAAAUCAAGCUCACCCAGACCACAAACCCGUCAACUUCCAAAGAGACGGUGCUAUGGCCUUUUACAACCAAGGUCCUCGACCGAACUACAUCCAUUCCCUUGCUCCACCCGAGUUUAGAGCUCGUCAGGUUGACGUCGACAACAUCCACGCAGACUAUGAGGGUAAUGCUAUUGCUUUCCUCUCUGGUGUUCAGGAGGAAGAUUUCCUCCAGCCUAGGGCUAUGUGGAAGAAGGUCUUCUCCGAACAAGAUAGGAAGCAAACAAUUGAGAAUAUCUCAGGUCACAUGUCCACUUGUCAGAAUAAAGACGUUCUCGCUAAGGCGAUUAGUGUUUGGCAUCAGGUCGACCCGGAGAUGGCAGAGAAGAUCGCUGAACCUUUAGGUUUGAAGGGCAAAUACAAGACCGACUUGAGGGAUGCAGUUUUCAACGGCAGUCACAACUUCCUUGGUAGGAACCUGGGCGACCAGGCUGGCUCAGCUGGUGGCUGGUCCAGGGCAGAUCACAAACACGAGAAGGUCGAGAAGGUUUAUGGUCUCAGCAGCAACAAGCAUGCUUUGGUUGAUGGAAACCAGACCAAUGGAACCAAGCUCGUUGAUUUGUGCCUUUCCGUUAAUGUAGCAUCUGAAUCAGCUUGA